UUACCCACUUCUCGCGAUUGAUGAUGGCUGACGGCGAAGUCGGGCCGCCGUCGGUUCCCUCAGAAAAAAAAGGUCGGCCGCCGUCGGCGAGGAUCCGGCGACGCCCCCACUGCCACGCGGACGUACCGAGACUUGGUAGCGUACUAGCGUGUGUGCCAGUGGGCGAUGCUGAGGGCAAUAUCUGGCUGUGAGGACCAAGGUGGCGGCGCAGCGUCGGGUGCAGGCUCAUCGAAAUGGGGCGGCGAUGGUGGCGCCCCCCGUCUUUCAGCGCGCGUGGGAGGGGGCGCUCGAAGGGGUUAGGUUGAAUCUUGCGCGUUCCCGGGCAACAAAGAGAAUUAACGGCAGUUACCAUCAAUGUGAACGCGUGGAGUGAUGCCGGGCAUGCUGUGAAUCAUCUCUAUGAUAUCCUCUACAUGAUGGGCCGCGACGACAUUCUGGUUGGCAUUGGUGGCGACGGUGGGAUAUCAGAUGCCGGCACCAUAUAUCCCAACGUUGGCGGUUAUUUACCUCUGAUUGACCAGGGGAUCACAACCGUCGGGGACUGCCGGUACAGAAAAGCUGUUCCUCUGGAAGGUGGUGGACGGUUGGACAUUGACACAAACUGGGGAAUUAGGAGGAGCUUCCUUCCGCAGGGAAACAGAAGAUAUAUACCAUUUCAGCAACCUACAACACAGCAAGUAAUGAUCGACACAAUAUCUGCUGGCCCUACAACCGUCAUUCUCACAGGGUCACAUACAAACUUUGCCAUUUUCCUCAUGACUUAUCCACACCUGAAAGGAAAUGUCAAACACAUAUACACUAUGGGUGGUGGUGUGAGAUCGAAGAACCCGACAGGUUGCUGUCCAAAAGAUGUUACCACAGCUUGUACACCACAGCAAUGCGGCGAUAUUGGUAACCUGUUUUCUAGCUACAGUACCAAUCCCUAUGCAGAAUUCAACAUAUUUGGAGAUCCUUUUGCUGCAUAUCAGGUGUUUCAUUCUGGCAUUCCAAUCACACUUGUCCCUCUUGAUGCAACUAAUACGAUUCCAGUCAAUGAAGAGUUCUUUUAUGCAUUCCAACAACACCAAAGUACAUUCGAGGCAGAAUACUGUUUCAAGUCAUUGAAAAUGGCUCGAGACACAUGGUCUGAUGAUCAAUUCCAUGCAAGCUAUUUUAUGUGGGAUUCCUUUACUUCUGGUGUAGCCAUAUCUGGCAUGCGCAAUGACAAGGACUGCCUGCAUGGAAAUGAUUUUGCUGAGCUGGAAUACAUGAACAUUACAGUAAUAACUUCAAAUGAACCAUAUGGCAUAUAUGAUGGCUCAAAUCCAUUAUUCGAUGGUCAUGCUGUUCCCAAGUUUGGUCUUAAAAAGGGUGGAGUUCAUAGUGGUCAUGUUCAAACUGGAAUUGUAGAUAGCUUCUGUAUUAUAGAGGGAAGUAGGAAAGGGAGAUGUGAGGAUGGAUACACUAAGGAAAUUUCUGGUCUAGAAGCAGUCCGUGUUCGUGUUGCCACAAAGGCUAAAUCAAAUGUGGAUAAAAAUAGCCGUUUGGAUAGGGAAUUUUUCAAGAGCUUCCUAGAGGUCUUAACUCUCCGUGAUAACACAGGCCGUUUCGACAUUACAGCACAAUUUCCAUUCUACAGAGAGGUUCUUUACAAACCAAACUUUGUUAACAAAAGUAGAGGGAAAGUAACCAUCUUUGAUAUGGACAUGAGUGCUGGAGAUUUCGUCUCCCUUAUAUAUCUCUUGAAGGCGCCUGUUGAAGAAAUAGAUUUGAAGGGGAUUUUCGUCAGCGGCAAUGGUUGGGCGAAUGCCGCAACUAUUGAUAUCGUUUAUGACAUUCUACAUAUGAUGGGUCGUGAUGACAUUCCUGUUGGCCGUGGCACUUCCACCGCGUUAGGCACUGGAAUCCUUGGCUGCAAGUAUGUCAGUGCUAUUCCCCAAGGGAGUGGUGGACUUCUCGACUCUGACACUCUGUAUGGACUAGCUCGGUCUUUGCCACGAAGUCCUAGAAGGUACACUGCUGAAAAUUCAGUAGAACAUGGCGCUCCUAGAAAUACUGGUAAUCCGGAACUUCGGCAACCAUUGGCUUUUGAAGUUUGGCAGUCUGUUAAAAAGCAACUUGAUCCAAGUGAGAAGAUCACUAUACUUACCAAUGGACCUCUUACAAAUUUGGCCAAUAUUGUGCUCUCUGACAGGAAUGCAAGUUCUGUAAUAAAGAGUGUAUAUGUUGUUGGAGGCCAUAUCAGAGAUGAAAAUGAUUCAAACGGCAACGUGUUCACUGUUCCAUCUAAUAGAUAUGCGGAGUUCAAUCUGUUUCUUGAUCCCCUAGCUGCGAAAGUAGUUCUAGAAUCCACUAUGGAUAUCACUUUGAUUCCUCUUAGCUCUCAGAGAAAAGCUUCUUCCUUUCAGACUCUCCUUGAAUCUCUGGAGUAUGCUGAAAAUACUCCAGAAUCAAGUUUUGUCCUCCACUUGUUGUCAUUGCUGCAUGACUUGCAACAGAAGCACCGGCUGUACCAUCAUAUGGGUAUAUUUCUGGGAGAACUACUUGGUGCUGUUUAUUUGGUGGAAGGAUCAAACAUGGAACAUUCAUUAUUACUGAAGCCAAUAAGCAUUAUUGCUGACAAUACAACAAGCACGGAUGGACAGGUGGUAGUCAACGAACAGAGUGCAAAUUUGGUGAAGGUACUAGAGGAUUUCGAUAGCGACGAAUAUUACAGUCGAGUUGCCAACCAUCUAGGCAACAUGGAGCGAUCUGCCGUUAUUGGUAGUUUUACAGAACAGAGGGCAUCGUGGAGCAGGCAACCAGAUAACUUGAGAGUACGCUGACAACUUUAACACAGUAUGAUAAAAAGUUCAUUUUCCUUACUGGAUUAGAUGCCCCAGCUUAUCGGAAAAGUGUAAGCCCUUUGCUCCUUCUUAGCAUUGAUAGGAAAGUUCUUGCAGUUUUUGGACCUGUAUGUAACUACACUGGUACAAUAGAUUUACCUUUUCACAAUGAAAUAUCUUAAAAGCAA